CUCCACUAUGCCCUGAUUUGAGGACAUGCCAUGUUUUUCCUGGAUCCCGUUCUUGAUGGGAGUUUGGUAAAGAGGUUCUUCUAUGGGCUUUUGCAACCGUAUUCCCCCGAGGUCGGGAGGGGUUGAGUUAAGGAGCAUAUAUGAGGGCUUUUAUUUCCAUUUCGGGAUGCUUCUUGGUUCUGGCUAUUCAGUACUCAAUCUAAGUCUUUUGUCCAUUCUCUCGGGUUGUGUUUCUCUUCGCGCCGUCUGAAAAAUGGCUGAGAAAAGUUCGGAGCCAGCGAUGGUGGUUGACGACGCGAAAAGCGGGAAUGAGGUUGGUGUCGAGUCUGUCUCUUCCAACGAUGACAACUCUCCUCCCGCGGUUAUUGGAGUCCCAUUAUCGUGGAAACUCACUUCCAUUCUGUUGGUCUCGGCUAUCGGGUUCGGAUCACAUUGGAGCAGUGGUAUUACAGGCGCCAUGAAAAGUACUAUCAAGAGAAAGAUGAAGAUCAAUAACACGAAAUUUGCUCUCUUGGACGCAAGUGAGGAUUUUAUGGUUACAGUACUCAUGCUUCUAAGUGGUUUGGUAACAGACAAAAUCGGUGGCGCAGGUGAGAACCGUCCUCACACAAAACUAAACAAACACUGACAAAUGUAUAGGAGCAAUUCUCUACGGAAACAUAAUCAUAACAAUCGGAUCCAUCCUUGUGGCCGCCUCCGCCCAAACACUCUCCUACAAACUCAUGAUUGUGGGUCGAGUAAUCCAGGCUCUGGGUGACAUUUCCACCCAAAUAGCCCAAUACAAGAUCUUCUCCUCUUGGUUCCCUCCCAACCACGGGUUCGCAUCAACCCUCGGUCUCGAGCUAGGGAUUGGCAAGAUCGGCGCGUUUGUGGGGAAAUCUAGUGCGAACAUUAUCUCGAAAAACACCGGGAAUUUCGCAAAUGUGUUUUGGGCUGCCGUGGGCAUCAACGUGUUCACGAAUCUUAUGACGGGCGUGUUCUAUCUUUUCACGAGAUAUGCGAAUAAGAAGUUUAUUCCGACUGCUGAUCCGGCGACGGGUGAGAAGUUGACAGAGAAAAGUGAGAGGUGGAAUUUCAAAGCGAUUUUGGAGUUACCGUGGGUGUUUUGGGUUGUCAUGUUGUUUUCCCUCUUUGAGACGUCGACUGCCGUCGUGUUUUCCCAGAACGCGACGGAGUUAGCAGAGAUGAGACUAGGAAUUAGCAAUGUGACGGCGGGAUGGUAUACUAGUUUGAUGCAGUAUGGUGGUAUGUUUAUCUCUUCUAUUGACUCUAUGUCUAUUUAAGUAACUAACAUUUCUAGGGUUCUUCAUUGUACCUCUACUUGGUAUAUUCAUUGAUCUCUAUGGAAAUCGAAUCUCAAUUCGUAAGUUCUCGAUACUUUAUUAGUCUCCAGUGUCAGUGAAAGUUUUGUUUCUGAUAAGAUUUGAAAUAGUUGCCUUCUGCGGAGCAGGAGUCUUCACAGCAAUGUGCCUUGUGAACUGGACCACCUCUCUAGCAGGAACCUCAACCGCCUUCGGUAUCUACGCAUUCGCAUUUUGCUUCGGCCCCACCACAAUCAUCGACUCAAUCCGAACCUCAAUCUGGGACCAAAACAUCUUCGGAAGUGCCUACGCCAUAAAAAUCACCAUGAAUAACGCGUUGGUUUUCCCUAUUCCACUGUAAUCCUGGACUCUCAACUAACCCAAGAAUAGAAUGAACAUCAUUGUCCGCGUAAUAACCGGCCGUCUCCAAGACGCAGACAGCGACUCUUACACCCGUGUAACAAUCGUAUAUGUCUUCCUAGCCGCCUGUUCCGUUGCUGUCUCUAUCGCGCUUAUUGCCGUCUCUUUUAGAUCCAUUGAUCUGAGAAGGCUGCAAUGGACGAGGAAACAGCGUGUUAAGAAUGGGACUUUGAUCAAUGAACGGAAGGACGUUUUUGAAGGGGAGAAUGGAGAGCGGAAUAGAGGGGUUAGUAAGUGGUGUUUUGGAGCUUUGUGUGCCCUUGUUGUGGGGAGUUGGGUGGGGUAUUUCUGGGGUGUUGCGGCUGGGAAAAGUUAUUGA